AUGUCAGCUUACUUUUUCACCCGUGAAAUCGGAAGAUUGAUAGCUUGUCAUACUCUGUUUUCGUUUUUCUCUCAUGUAUUUAAUGAAGGUGCAAUUCUACUUUCAAUGGAACUCUUACUUGGCAAAUUGAUCACCAGAGUGUUAUUAGUUUAUAUGGCUGUCCUAGGUGUUAGAGAUGCUCUUAGAUUUAGAAAACUCUCCUUCAAGUCUGUUACCUUCCAUAGAUGGCUUUUACUUUCUUUUUCUCUUUGGUAUCUUGUGAUUAUCAAAGAACGUAUCAUUCGUGAGGAGUAUGAUCAGAAUAUUAAAAACAAAUGGUUUCCAGACGUUUAUUAUAUGAAAGAACAUGAUGUAUAUAUUGAUUUUACAUAUAGAAAUAAUGCCGUUGCUAUUGGAGGUAAAACUAGUGUUGUUUUUCCAAAAAAAACUAGUUUAUGGGACUAUGCCUCAACCUUUCUCUUCUCUUCACAUAAUUGGCCACCUAAUGCACUCAAUGCUCUUGUUUCACAUGAAAAGGGACACAAUGCUACUUUUAUUGCCAUGGUUGCUGUUCAAAUGUGGAUUCUAUGCUUUUGCUAUGAGAAUGUUAAAUGGUAUUUCUUUCCUUUUGUUUUUGUUGUUGGUAAUACAAUGUCUGGUUGGUUUUUCGAGUUGGUGGCAGACUCAAACGUUCUUCACUUACAAGGAAUUGAAUUAAUGUCAGUUUUAGGUUUGGAUGAAGAUCAUUUUGGAAGUCUUGGAGUUAACAGUCAUCCACCAAUCUUUCUCAGAAAACUCACUUAUCAGACUGAUAGAUUGUUAUGGAAAUACUGUUUCCAGUAUUUGAAUUAUUUGGUGGGAAUUUAUACACUUUUCUGGUUUUGGUCAACAGAGGGGUGGAAGAAAUCGCCCAUCCUAGCACACAGCUAA